UCUGUUUAGGAGAUGCAUGAAGAGCUGCAAGGAGUGGCGGAGGAGAAGAGCGGGUGCACGAGCCACGGCUGAAUGUGCAUGAGUGUGCUGAGGAGAGCAGGUGGAUGAGUGAAUUGGAGGAAGAAAAAACAAAAAAACAGGAGACAGGGGGAGAAACUGAAAGCAGGAGAGCACAUCUCUUAUCCAGCAUCUUUGAGAAGCUGAGCCAGACGCACAGAAAACAUGGCCAACAUCACCACCACAAUUCACCAAAGUAGUCUCCCUGAGGCAGUCCCUCUAUCCCGCGUCUCCUUUCAGGUCCAAGAAGUCUACCCAUUCCAUGAUGGCUGGAACAUUGCCUGUUUCAUCAUCCUUCUACUUUUCAUCCUUACCGUCCUGUCGCUGACUGCUCUGGCCGUCCUCUAUGAGCUGCUAGACUGUGGAUGCUGCGCUAAAGGAAAAACACACCACCAGCUUCAAGAACAAGGGCCAGGAAGCUGCGGCAAGCUCAUGACCAGCAUUUGCAAGGAGCCAGAAUCUCACACAGAAGUGGUAUAGAGCCAACAGGGAGUGAUAAAAGGGAAAAUAGCAUUUCCACUCACAUAAAAAAGGACUAAAAUCAACAAAAUAUUUUCCCAUUUACCUACUGUAAAAAUGUAUAUUAGACAAGUAAUGAAAGG